AUGGCGGAAGCCAGAGGGGUUCCGCUGAAGAAGCACAAGAAGAAAAGGGCCCGACAGCCGCCCGCUGAAGAAGAUAUCGCGGAUAUACAACAUGCCGGGGAGUUCCGUAUCGCACCCGAAUCCAAAGUGGCUCCGUUGGACACCUCGCAGUGGCCCCUCUUGUUAAAGAAUUUCGAUAAGCUGAACGUCAGGACGACACACUACACUCCGCUUCCUUCUGGUUCCAGCCCCCUGACGAGGGCGAUGGCCGACUACGUCAGGACAGGUUUCAUCAACCUGGACAAGCCCUCCAACCCGUCUUCACACGAGGUGGUGGCCUGGAUCCGGCGGAUACUUCGUGUCGACAAGACCGGACACAGUGGCACCCUGGACCCCAAGGUGACCGGCUGUCUGAUCGUGUGCAUCGAGCGCGCCACGCGCCUGGUGAAAUCGCAGCAGAGCGCAGGCAAAGAGUAUGUGGGGAUUGUCCGGCUGCACAAUGCUAUUGAAGGGGGUCCCCAGCUUGCGAGGGCCCUGGAAACCCUGACCGGCGCCCUGUUCCAGAGACCCCCGUUCAUAGCUGCAGUGAAGCGGCAGCUCCGCGUCCGCACUGUCUACGAGAGCAAGCUGAUUGAGUACGAUCCCCAGAGGAGAUUAGGACUCUUCUGGGUGAGCUGUGAGGCCGGCACCUACAUCCGCACGCUGUGUGUCCACCUGGGUCUGUUACUGGGAGUUGGAGGGCAGAUGCAGGAGCUUCGCAGGGUUCGUUCCGGAGUGAUGAGUGAACAGGAUCACAUGGUGACGAUGCACGACGUCCUGGAUGCCCAGUGGCUGUAUGAUCAUCACAAGGAUGAGAGCUACCUGCGGCGAGUCAUUUACCCUCUGGAAAAGCUGUUGACGUCUCACCAGCGGCUGGUUAUGAAGGACAGUGCGGUGAAUGCGAUCUGCUACGGAGCCAAGAUCCUGCUGCCUGGUGUCUUGCGGUACGAGGAUGGCAUAGAAGUCAACCAGGAGAUCGUUGUCAUCACCACCAAGGGGGAAGCCAUCUGUAUGGCCGUUGCCUUGAUGACCACUGCCGUCAUCUCCACCUGUGACCAUGGCAUAGUGGCCAAGAUCAAAAGGGUUAUCAUGGAGAGAGAUACCUACCCUCGGAAGUGGGGGCUCGGACCCAAGGCGAGCAAGAAGAAGUUGCUCAUCCACCUAGGCCACCUAGACAAGUCCAGCAAGGCCAUGGACAGCAUACCCUCCGCUUGCGUGCAGGAGUAUGUGGACUCCAGUGAUUCCGGGGAAAAGGCGGUUUUGAGUGACGUCAUGAAAACCCCACGGGCCACGACAGCAACGGGGGGCACCACAAAGCGGAAGCGAGAGCAUGAGAGCGACAAAGAGACCUCUCCAGCUGUUCCCCAGCUGCUCAAGAAAGAAAAGAAGAGGAAAAGGGCCAAAAAGGCCAACGCUGCUCCAAGGGAAAUCAAGCCUGGAGACGUGGACAGUCGCACAACCAGAAGGAAGAAAGAGAAAAGAGUAAAAGAAGCGGGCUCUGAAUAG